AUGGAGACACCAAGGAACCGCAAACAGCGCCGUGCAGCAGCGGGUCCAUCCUCAAAGAGCGACGAAUUCGAAGUUCCAAUGGCCCAUCCUCCACGCAACGAUCCAACGAACAAACCCACCGUCGAGCGAACUCUAUAUGACAUCAUCGCAGAGCGACAAAGUGGCCUCAAUCCAAAGGAGGCCACGAACUCAGCUUCAGUGGAAGCACAGGGCAUACCCCCACAGCCAGCGGGAACACGAUUCGUGACAGUCGACGCGUCGGGGAACCUGGUCGACACAGACGGCGACAUCAGCAGCCACCUAUCCAACCCCACGCAAAACAAGAAGACCAGAGCCGCCCGCGCACUUCCAAAUGACGACCAAGAUCUCAAGAAAGACAUUGAAGAAGAAAAGCCCCUCCCACCUUUCCUCGACACAAUCCUCCUAUCCAUACCCCUCACAACCCUCCACCUCACCCUCAGCUACCUGGCAGCCCACCAAUACGCCGAAACGAUCGACCUGCCCAAACUCUUCAAGGACUCUGCGACGACUGCGUUUCCACUGCUCACGUUAUUCGUGCAUCUAGCACAUGGUCAUAUUAUUUCCUUCGGCAAGGGCGGUUCGAAGGGAAAGGCUGAGCCUGCUCUUUCUCUGUUCCCGUUGACAAGAGAUAAAUUCACCCUUUCUUUUCUGCGGAGACUGUUGUUCCCGCCCGCGCUACGGACGCUGGUCUUUUUGCCUGUUGCGGCCCUUCUGGGGGCACAUCUUAUUGCCAUUACCAACGGGGAGCCGUAUUACGCUGUUAUGAAGAAGGCGCCUGCUGUGGGGACGAUUUGGAUUUGGUGCAUUUUGGAGCUGUCAUUUGGGGCGGCGGUGCUGGGAGCUUUGGGGCCUUUGGUGUGGGGAGUUUGGUGGAUGGGAUAUGGGAUUCUCUGA